CUUUCAUGAAAGGUGGUUACACUGCGUGACAGGGCUUGAUUGAUAGCGUUGAUCGAUGUACCACGUUGCUAGCGAUUGCUUUGUUACUCGCCAUAAAAGAGAGUCUUUGUUCUUCUCGAGAUAUAUAUCAUCAUACCCCGAGUCUAAGUGGGCAACGAACUUAUCAGGAAAGGAGAAAUAAGGUCAAGAUGCCUUUUGAUGUCCAGGAUCUGUUCAAAGUCGACGGCCUUGUGGUCGUGAUUACCGGCGGGGGGACUGGUCUCGGGAAAAUCAUGGCCCUCGCACUGGCCGCGAACGGCGCACGCAAGAUCUACAUCCUCGGCCGCCGCCGCGAACCCCUUGAAGAUACAGCUAGCAAAUAUCCAGCUAUCAUCAGACCUAUCGUCGCAGACGUAACUGACAAAACGUCCCUACGUAAUGCAGCAGUCCAGAUAAAAAGCGAGACGGGCUACGUGAACGUCGUGAUAGCCAAUGCUGGAAUCAUUGCAGAAUCUACACGAGCUCGCCUUUGGGAAUUGAACCAAGAUACCGAUAUCAGAAAGGGUCCGAGAACAUUCAACGCGGACAUGAGCGCCGAUGAACUAAGUGAAUAUCUGAUGGAUACGCCGAUGGAUGAGUUUCUGGAGACAUAUAAGAUUAAUGCUGCCGGUGUGUUUUAUACCAUUGCAGCAUUCGUCGGGUUGUUAGAUGCGGGGAAUAGAAAGGGUAAUGUCUCGCAGAAGAGUCAGGUUGUGGCAAUUGGUAGUGUUGCCGGACAGAGUCGGGCUGUGUCGUGUGGUUAUGCGUAUGGUAUGAGCAAGGCUGCUAUGGCGUUACUGAUGAAGCAGAUGAUGGCUGUUUUGACUGUACAUGGGAUAAGGGGUAAUAUGAUAGCUUCUGGCUGCUUCCCAACGGAGAUCAUUGGAGAGCUGCCUCGUGUGGAUUUGACGGUCGUCGGCACCUUUCAGCCGGAAUACAUCCCACUCUGUAGAGCAGGAAAGGAAGAUGAGAUGGCGGGAACGAUCCUAUAUUUGACGAGCAAGGCAGGAGGGUAUGUCAAUGGUCAUGUGCUGGCUCUGGACGGUGGGCAGUCAUCAGUGUUCUGAGGACGGAUUAGUUCGUAAGCUAGACACUUGGUAUAUGGGUCGAUAUUCCUCGAAGUCUUAAUAUCAAGAUUAUUUGAUUUCCCCGGAAAUCCUAGUAGAGGACGAGC